GCGUGUUGGUGUGACGUCACAAGGCUGCGCUGCGCUCCUGCAUUUGUUGUGAUUCUGCUGAAGAAAGAGAUGGCGCUGGUUAAAGAGGAGAGUGAAGACGUGAAGAUUGACGACAUAAGGAUUGCAGAAGUGUUCAGUCUGAAACAAGAAGAUACGGAGGAACAAACAGUGUGCUCUGAUGUGUGGGAUUCAUGCUGUUUCCAUAAAAAGAGUGUGUAUGAUUUAUCUGAAAGCAGUAAAGAAGAAAUGUUAUCAGAUGAAGAGUUUGUGCCUGAAUCAGGAUCUGACUUGAACUCAGACAUAGAACUUGAUUUAGAAAUCCCUAUCAGCAACAUUACAGAGAGCUCUCUGGAUUCAUCCAGCCUAAAUGGUACACCAGGAGAUUCAUUUAUUCAAAAUCUGUCCUCUUCAAAUGACUCAAGCCCCAAUAGUGUUACUGAAGCAAUGGACGUAAGCAUUGUAAAUAAAAUGGAAAAGAGAAAUGCAUCGAUCCCAAAGGAUACAUCAAGUGAUUCAGUCUCGUUUUCGCAUGACAUAACCACUGUAUCCAAAGGUGGUCAAAAUUUUUGUUUUGUUUGUGGAAAAGCACAAAACAAAAUAGCUCGACAUUUUAAAGUGCAUGAAAAUGAAGACGCAGAAAUUGCACAAGCACUCAGUUUCCCAGCUCACUCCAAAAAAAGAAAGGAGCUGCUUCAGGCAUUGCGAAACAAAGGCAACUUCAUGCACAACAACAAUGUCCUGAAGAAAGGAACGGGUGUCCUGAAAGUAAAACGCUGUUCUGUAAAACAAGACUCUAACAAGUAUGAGUACUGUAUUUAUUGCCAUGGGAUGUUUGUUCGUGAGGAACUCUGGAGGCACAUGAAAAGAUGCUCAGCCAAAAGAGAAUGUCACGAAAAUUACCAAUGCACAAAGAGAGUAUUGGGUCUUGCUGCAGUGGCCAAGGCUGCAUUUUCAGGUACCGUAUCGGAUGCCGUCUUAAAACUCGUCAGAAAUAUGAGAGAUGAUGAAAUUGUAAGUGUGGUUCAACAUGACCCAUGUCUGUUACAGUUUGCCCAAUCUCUCUACAAUAAACAUGGACGUGACUUAUCAAGGCAUGGAUAUAUACGCCAAAAAAUUUGUAACCUUGGCAGAUUUUUGAUAAGCAUUCGAAAGAACUCGUCCAUUACCACCUUGGAGGAUGCCAUAAAGCCAGUGAAUUUUAUGGCUACUGUCCAAGCUGCAAAAGAGCUAGCAGGAUUUAGCAAGGAUGAAAAGACAUUUGAUGCACCAAGUUUAGCAUUAAAGAUCGGACAGCACUUACUGCAAGUCAGCUCAAUCAUCCGGGGCAAUGCAAUCAUUGCUGGAAAUAAGGAGCUCAGCGACUGUAUGGAACAAUUCCAAACACUGUACCGGGCAAAGUGGACAGAGUGUGUGUCUUGCACCGCAAGGAUGUCUGCGAAAGAAAAGAAAUGCAAGAAGAAAGUGAGUCUACCGCUGACCGAAGACAUGCAAAAGUUGACAAAACAUCUUGAAAAUGCUUUGGAUUCAGCCUACAAAAACCUAGAAAAAUCUUCCACAAUUCAGAACUAUUCUGACCUUGCCAGAGUCACUCUCACUAGAGUCAUUCUUUUCAAUCGACGACAAUCUGGAGAAGUUUCCAAAAUGCAGCUAAAAAAUUUUCUUGAUAGGGACCCCUCACUAGUUCUUCCAGAAUUCGGACUAUCAAACUAUGAAAAACGACUAUGUUCCUACUUAAGUAGGGUUGAAUUCAAGGGGAAAAAAGACAGAAAAGUUGCCAUUUUGUUGACACCAGAUCUUGUAAAGGCACUCCAGCUGCUUGUAGAAAAGAGAAAAGAUUGCGAAGUCUUUGAUGAGAAUGGAUUCUUGUUUGCAUUACCAAAAAGUCUGUCAUUCUUCAGAGGUCAUGACUGUAUUCGAAAGUUUGCUCAGGAAUCUGGAGCCAGGCAUCCCGAGUACCUGAGGUCAACUCAACUACGAAAACAAGUGGCGACAACAUCACAGAUACUAAAUCUGAAAAAUAAUGAGAUGGACCGACUUGCUGAUUUUUUGGGGCAUGAUAUCAGUGUUCAUCAAAAGUUUUAUAGACUGCCAGCUGCAACCCUUCAAAUCACAAAAAUGUCCAAACUGCUUCUAGCAUUAGAAAGAGACAACGUUACAGAACUUCAAGGACGAUCUCUCGAUGAAAUCCAAGAAUUUGCAGAAAUGAACAACAGUAGUGACAGUGAAGACUCUUGUGAAGAUGAGCAUGAGCAAGAUGACACUUCUGCGUGUAUCAGGACAAGCUUUGUAAAAAGGCCUUGGACCAAACUGGAGGAGCAAGCAGUAUUCAGGCACUUUAAAACCCAUAUACUGAAGGGCCGUCUCGCCACACUGAAGGAAUGUCACUCCUGCAAAAGAGCAGAGAGACGUAUCUUGCAUAGUCGAACGCCUCAAAACAUCAGGGACUUUGUUCGAAACAGAGGAACAUCUUUAAAGAGACAAAAUGCAUUGAAACACUUGUAAACGAUAAAAAAAUAAAUCAAUAAUAUAAUAUAUAUAUGAUGGUUAAAUUCAAACAUUUUAAUUUAGCGCAGCUGUUGCUCAGCUUAUGGAGAAUCAAACAAGUACUUGAUUUUAAAAUUAAAAUGUUUGAAAUGAUUUGACAUUGGACAAUAUAUAGUUUCUAUACAUUUAUUAAAUAUUACUGUGCUGAAUUAUUUAUGGUAUGUGUGUGUGUUAAAGUAAUUGUUUUUUUUGUUUCUUUUAAGAAAAAGACUAACCUCGAAAUAAAGGCUGUUGUCUGAUGUGUUGUUUCACAUCUUGAGUUGAAUCUUGUACUUUAUUGGUUGUACAGGUUUAGAAAAAUCACAGCAUGAUACCAGGAAAAAUG